AUGGCCGAUAAAUCCCAUAACCCAGAAUGGUUACAACCUCAGCGAAGCGACGAGCCUGUACUGAAGGUAUACAAUUCUCUUACCAAAUCAAAGACCGAAUUUAUCCCCAGGAAAGGGCGAAAUGUAACUUGGUAUAAUUGCGGCCCGACCGUUUACGAUUCUAGUCAUAUGGGACAUGCCAGAAACUACCUUACUCAAGACAUUAUUCGGAGAAUUUUGACGGACUAUUUUGGAUACGAUGUGCACUUUGUGAUGAAUAUUACUGACAUUGACGAUAAGAUCAUUAUCCGAGCUCGUCAACAACACCACUUGGAUGGUCUUUCGACGAGUACACCUACAAUAACUCAAGAACUCAUCGACACUGUCCAAAAUGCUUGGCUGGCAUAUCUUCACAAGCAACUGGUUAAGGGGUUGGAAGACAAAAGCUUGAUCAUAUCUGGACAAGAAGAGUCCUCUUGGGCAAAAAUCGAAACCCUCGCUCAAGACCCUACCUGGGUUCAAGCUGGGAAUAUGCGUGACGAAAAGUUCUUUAUGCAUCUUAAGGCACUCAGAGACACUCAUGUCGCUAUAACAUCAGCUCAAAAUAACGUGGGCUCUCCAUCAGAAGCAUUGAUUACAGCUUCAGCACCUGUUCUUUCCCCUUAUCUUGACGCACUUCACCUUGCUUCACCCAAUGCCGCGCCGAUCCCUUCACAUCUUACCCGUGCUUUAUCGGCAUAUUGGGAGCGCGCAUUUAUGAGGGAUAUGGACCUUCUUGGUGUCCGGAGACCGGACACAUUGACUCGAGUUACCGAGUACGUCCCUGAAAUCGUUGCGUUUGUGGAGAAGAUUGUCUCCAGGGGAUGGGCGUAUGAAGCCGGAGGGAGUGUUUACUUUGAUGUACGCGCGUAUGACGGCGUCAACGGGCAAGAUAAAGAUUGGAAGCAUAUGUAUGCGAAACUCCAACCCCACUCCAAGAACAACACGGCAUUGCUUGAGGAAGGAGAAGGCGCACUCUCUAACCCAGAGUCUAAGCGUUCUCCAGCGGACUUUGCCUUGUGGAAGAGGUCGAAACCCGGAGAGCCCGAAUGGCCCUCACCGUGGGGACCUGGUCGACCUGGUUGGCACAUUGAGUGCUCAGUUAUGGCUAGUGCUAUCCUGGCUCAGAGCGAGGCCUAUCACGAUUGCCAACAAUGGGUCAAUUAUUUCUUGCACACAGGACAUUUGCACAUAGAAGGUCAGAAAAUGAGCAAAUCUUUGAAGAACUUUAUCACUGUCGAGGAUGCCCUCAAAAUGUACAGUUCUCGCCAACUACGCUUGGCAUUUUUGGCUCAACCUUGGAAUGCGAUGGACUUCAAAGAAAGCUUGAUCCUUGAGGUCCGCUCACAGGAGACAGUUUUCAAUAAUUUCUUUGCACUUGCCAGGGCGCUUGUGAGCGACGAAGAAGCCGCGGCUGAGAAGCCAUCAACUGAAGAACCAAGGCACAACUACGGAGAGGCCGAGACUGAGCUGUCCGCAUUUCUAGCACAAACUCAGCAUGCGUACCGGGUUGCUCUGUGUGAUUCUUUCAACACACCCGAGGCCAUUCAACGAGUUCUCGAGCUCGUUUCCCGUACAAACAUCUACGUCGCACGUGGUCGCUCACGCGUAAAUGUCGGUGUUGUUGCACACAUCGCUCGCUGGGUGACUGAGGCUCUCAGGGUGUUUGGCCUGAGCGGAGAUACCACUGGAACCAUUGGGUGGGGUACAGAUGGUAGCAACACAGAAGGAUUGGUUGAUCGCGAAGCUUUACUAAUGCCGUACCUCCGCACCCUCUCCGCAUUCCGUGAUUCCGUCAGGCAGCUUGCCAUCUCUGGCGCUUCGGCCAAAGAUAUCCUCAAAUUAUGCGAUAACUUAAGAGAUGUUGAUCUAAUUCCUCUGGGCGUUGCACUAGACGAUCAGGAUGAUGGCAAAGCUCUGGUAAAAUUGGUACCUGCAGAAGCACUCAUCAAGGCCCGUGAUGAGAAGCUUGCCCAAGCAGCAGAAAAGUCCGCAAAGAAGGCAUCGCAAGCCGAGGCAGCCAAAGCCAAGCAAAUGGCGAAACUUGAGCGGGGAAAGCUUCCUCCUACAGAAAUGUUCCGGCCCCCGAAUGUACCGGAGGGAACAUAUGGGUCUUGGGACGAUCGUGGGCUUCCGUUGACAGAUGCUACAGGUGCCGAGCUCCCCAAGAGCCGCUCUAAAAAGCUAGCGAAAGAGUGGGAGAUUCAAAACAAAGCGCAUGAAGAAUGGAACGCAUGGGUGGCUGGGGGCAGAAAGUGA